UCCGUUUGUCGUUUUCCUCCCCAAAUUCCUCCUCUUCGAUCUUCAUGUCGUCGUUUCCCGGAAUCCAAGGCCAGAUCCUCGAGGUCACAGUGGUCGGAUGCAGCAAAUUGAAGGACACCGAGCUGUUCUCGCGGCAGGAUCCCUACGUCUGUCUCGAAUACGCCAAUUCCAAGUUCCGCACUCGCACCUGCACAGAUGGUGGGAAAAACCCCAACUUCCAUGAGAAGUUCCAGAUUCCUCUCGUCGAAGGCUUGCGGGAGUUGAAUGUCACGAUCUGGAACAGCAACACCUUCACCGCCGAUGAUUUCAUCGGCAACGGCAGGAUUCAAUUGCUCCAUGUUAUUCUGUCUAGGGUUUCAACUGCUAAAAUGAUAAAACUAGUUCCUUUUCUAUACAGCGAAUUUUCUUGA